AUGGGUUUAAGCAUGAAAACCAAGAUUAUUCUCUUUGCUCUUUAUUCGUUGAUAUUCGUCACGUCUGUUGUGUCGUAUUAUGGGUUUAAAGGCAGUCAAGAUUCAGUGCAUUACUUGACAAUUCAUUCGGGAAACAUUAAUCUGCAAGUGAAAAAUGAAGGUUAUCACAGAGUUCUCCACACCACCAUCACAGCCGACUAUGAAACAUCGAAUCGUAAAGACUGUGCAGUUACAUUACGCUAUGAUUUUCCAUCCGAUAUUUAUGUGGACAAAUAUGAGUUAGCUACUAUUGCCUUGAAUCGUAAAGUGGAAUUUUAUGUUGACAACAAAUUUAUUGAUGUGGAAACCCCUGCUCAUAAAUCUGAUCCAUUUGUUCUCUAUGUUGUCAAUUACACACUUCCAGAUACGGCAAAUAAAUUGAUAGAAACAGAAUUCCCGAUUCAUUUAAGAUACCAAAAAGCAGCUGAGGAUAGUCGUUACAAAGAAGUACGAUUCGGCGACGCUUAUUCAGAUGUUCAAAUGUUAUACUUAUGUAAAGGACCAAGAAUUUCUAAUUGGAAACAAUUUCCACUCAAUUCCGGAGAAUGGAUUCCUGCCAGUUUUGUAAAAGUUAACAAAGAUGUUGUAAUGUAUGUACCAGUGGGUGAUACCAAUAAUUUUCCAUGUGUGAGUCUCAUUACUCACGGUUUUGUAUUGUUGGGUACAUAUUACAUUCUGCGCCGUUUAAUGGCUACUCCGUCUCCAGAUAAUGCUGUCAUCAAACUUUCACCUGUCAAGUGUUAA